AGCAGGAGUAGCUAUUUAUAAGCUAGCUUGCUGCUGGGAGUCUUGAGAGCAUUCCAUCACUUGUUGCUUGCACACCGUACCACCGCGAUCCAUCCACACUCCUCCUAUAUAAGCACUACACUCGUCGUCGUCCCUGCAGCUACCUGGGGGUGCACCGCCGUGACACUGGCUAGUAUCUGUCUGAACUGAUCAUAAGAAGCUAAGAAGCCGACCGCCGAAGAGAGCUACUAUACCUUAGCAGCAGGGAGGAGGCGGAGAAGAAGAAGGGAAUAGUCAGUCGAUCAAGACUACCGGCCGGCCGGAGCAGCAGCAGCAGCAGAAGCUCAAGAUGCUGGCCUGCAUCGCCUGCGUGAAAGAAGAAGGCGGCGGCCGGGACCGCGAUGACAACGCCGGGCGCUCGGCCGGCGGCGACACCCCGACGUGCAGGGACCCCGUCAAGUCGCUCACCUCCCAGCUCAAGGACAUGGUGCUGAAGCUGUCCGGCACGCACCGUCAGGGCGCGCAGCAGAGGCGCGGGGGAUCGCCGCCGCCGAGGGGCCGGGCGACCUCCAUCUACCGCAGCGGCUACUACCGGCCGGGCGUGGUGCAGGACGACAUGGCAGUCCCCCCGGCGACGUACCUGGGCGGCUGCGGCGGCACGGGCGCGUCGAGCGCGAGCUCCACGCCGGCGUGGGGGGAGUUGGGCGGGCGCGCGGAGGGCGAGGCGAGGGAGUGGGUGGCGCAGGUGGAGCCCGGCGUGCAGAUCACCUUCGUGUCCCUCCCCGGCGGCGCCGGCAACGACCUGAAGCGCAUACGAUUCAGCCGCGAGAUGUACGACAAGUGGCAGGCGCAGAAGUGGUGGGGCGACAACAACGACCGCAUCAUGGAGCUCUACAACGUGCGCCGCUUCAGCCGCCAGGUGCUCCCCACACCGCCGCGCGACGACGACGCCGAGAGGGAAUCCUUCUACUCGCAGUCCCAGGUGGGCUCCAUGGCAGGGAGCCCUGCCGCCACCCCAUCGCCGGCGCCGCUCACCCCGGACAGGAUCAGCUGGGGCGCCUUCGCGCGCCCGGCGCCGCCCCCGUCGGCCGCCGCGCGGCAGCACAGCUUCCGCCCGCUGUCGCCGCCGCCGCCGUCCUCGUCCAACCCUUCCGAGCGGGCCUGGCAGCACCAGCAGCAGCAGCAGCGGCAGAACGGAGCAGCCGGCAAGAGCCCCGCGGCGUCGGAGGCCGCCGCAACGGAGGCGGCGAGGACGACCACCUCGUCGAGGGAUGACGUGUCCAUCAGCAACGCCAGCGAGAUGGAGGUAACGGAGUGGAUCAUCCAGGACGAGCCCGGCGUCUACAUCACCGUCAGGGAGCUCCCCGACGGCACCAGGGAGCUGCGCCGCGUCAGGUUCAGCCGGGAGAGGUUUGCCGAGCUGAACGCCAAGCUGUGGUGGGAGGAGAACAAGGAGAGGAUACAGGCUCAGUACCUUUGAACCGAAUUCAGUUCAGCAGAACUUGGUGAUAUGCUGUUGGGACACACAAUCAGUUAAUCUGGUAUAAGUAUACAGAGAGUUUAUGUUUCAGUUUGGAGAUGGGGUGGGGGGAGGGAUUAGUUUGGAGCUGGGAAAGAUAGGAGGGGAUCAGUCAGGAGACAAGGAAAUGUCAGUCCAUGCAUGUUUAGGGCACCUGGCAGCCCAGGUAACUACUUGUGAUUGGUGUAUCGUGCUAAAGUUUUACCAAUCCAUC